AUGCGAAUCCCCUCCGAGGUGGGCGGGAAGGUUGCUGUCAUGGCGGAUGAUAGAUUGAGGAGCGCCCUUGUGGCCCUCGCCGCCCUCAAGCCUUUGUGCCUUCCCCGGCAACUUCCCGCCACGGGCGACGACACCAUCGCCGGCGGCAUCUUCUGCAUCAGCCUCCCCGAUCUCGCCGCCUACCUCGCCAAGGUCGGCAACAACCCCGGCGCCGGCGGCUCCGAGACCCCCAGGGCCCCGGCGAAGCCACCUCCGGCUCGGGCCCCCACGGCUACGUCAUCGCCGCCGACGGGCCCCCGGCGGCUCCGGCGGGGCCAGUCCAAGGUGAGCGACAUGCGCGACUCGCUCGAUUGGGCCUUUGACGGCGGUGCCGCCACCUACGGCGACAUUGACCUGGAAAAGGUGGCCACGGCCGGUCACAGCUGCGGAGGGCUUGAGUCCAUGUCCACGGCCUACCAUGACGAGAGGGUCAAGCGCAUCAUUCUCUUCAACAUUGCCAUUUUCCAGGAUGAGAGGAGGUACUUGCUCGAGGAGAUCAACGUACCCGUUGCCUGGAUGGUUGGCGGCGAGUCCGAUAUGGGCUAUCCGAAUGCCGAAAAGGAUUAUGCCCUUCUUCCCGAGGGUCUUAGUGCGUACAAGGCCAACCUCGACACCGGCCAUGGCGGAACUCACCAGGCUACCAACGGCGGCAAGUUUGGAAAGGCCGCCGUGGCCUACCUACAGUGGCAGUUCCGAGAUGAUGAGGCUUCCAAGGCGAUCUGCCUAGAUCCCGAAGCGGAGGGAAGCCUGGUAUCGGAUAACUGGGAGGUUGAAUUCAAGAACUGGUCUUGA